GUCAGAUAGAUGGACUAGGAUGUCACCAGCUUCCUAAGCUAACGCUGACAAGAAGGUCCGCAUCUAGUACAAAGGCAGGCUAUCGUCCCCAGUAGCGUUCUUGCAUCAAACAUCAACUCAACCUUGCCUCCAGGCCUCCAACGAGAACUUGUCUGAUUACACAUCCCGGCCCAAUGGCUCUAGAACGUGCAGAUUUUGUGGGCCUCAUGUGGCUCACAACGCCCUUUCUGCUCCUAUUGGGCUCUCGCAUACGCCAGCAGCUCCGAUGGCUCCUUCUGGUUCCAUUUCUGAUCCUUUGCCUCGCCGUCGUUUUAUCCGUUCCUUACGGCACUGAUACGGCGAAAAACUACACUUUCGGAACAGUCCUCUACGUUGGCUUGACAAACUUCAACCUGCUCGUUCUAGAAGAUCCAUACGUGGAGCAUGUACGCACCAGAGUGAAUGGUGAUGGAGAGAAGAUUCGUCCAGCCUUCUACUCGCUUCCGUCGUUAGAGCAAGUCCGAUGGUGUUUCAGUAAUGCUUUUUCGACUCGAGGAAUUGGCUGGAGCUGGGGCACUGCACGUCUUCCGCCAGCUCCUCCAGCAGGCUUUUCCAAGACGUCCUUCUUGAAGAUGUCACUGCGGAGGAUCCUGAAGCAAUAUCUCAUUCAUGACAUUGCAGGUGCACUUCUUCAAAGGUUGACCGACGGAGGACAAACGAGCGUACUCGACCUCGGUUUCUCCCUUCGAAGUUUGGCCACCGCAUGCUGGUGGGCGUCAACCAUCGCGCCAAUGGACAUUGUAUACCAUAUCGUGUGUAUGAUCGGUGUCACAUCUGGACUCUUCUGGAACGUUGUUGAAGAGGUCCAUCCGCUGAAAGGGGCGUGGGCAACAUGCUACACGCUGAGCAACUUUUGGAAUCGCACAUGGCACCAGAACUUCCGCAGAGCACUUCAAACCCCGAGCCGCUAUAUUGCAAGGCACGUCGUACGUGCCCCUAAGGGAUCUCUGAUGAGUCGCCAGGUCCAGUCUCAUAGCGCUUUUGCUAUCUCUGGAGUCUACCAUUGGGCAGCUGCAAAGCUUGCCGUUCCAUCGGAGGGUUUUCAACAAACAGCCCUUUUCUUUGCGGUCAUGCCAGCGAUCAUGUUCCUGGAAGACCAAGUUAUCUCUGCCGCUCAACAACAGCUUGGAUGGAAGAGUCAACAAUGGCGUUACUUCGGAUUUCUAUGGACUUUUUUCGUCAUGACUUCGCUAGGUGCGGGUUUCGUGGACGACUGCGUCAGACAUGAUCUCGUUACUUCAUUCCCAGCUCUUCCACUUUCUCCUACACGUACCGCUUUGAACCUGUGGAGCAGGUAG